AAAGUGAUUUCCCUGAUCUUGUUAAUUAUCUGAAGUAUUAUGAUAAUGUUCGAGAUGAUUGACAGAUAAUAAGAAUAUCGAAUGUUAGUGCAAACAGAGAUCCGAUAAUCGGUGAAUUGACCAACUGUCAUCUUGUUUGGAGGAAACGACUGGAUGACAGUAUUUUGUACUCGUUUACUCGCUGUAUCCAUUGAAAAAAAGCCUUCAACUACCGGACUGUGAUUUUAUUUUACCUUUUUCUUCCGCUCUUCAACACCAGGAUGACGUUUUGCUUUGAUUUGUUGUGGUAUUCAUGUUUACUGAAUUGCAUGUAUUUUGUGAGCGGGGAGAGUCGCAUCUCUUCUGGAACGAAAGGAUGUGACGUAGCUCUAGGGAUGCAGAAUGGAUGGAUCGAGGACAUGGACGUCACUGCCAGUUCGUUCAUGAGCCUCGAUCACGAUCCGGGCCGCGCUCGACUCAACUCGACAAGCGCCUGGGUACCUGCUAGACAUGACGUCAGUGAGUUACUGCAGAUUCACUUUGUAAGAGAAACAAACGUCUCAGGCAUUGGUAUCCAGGGGCAUCCAAAUAUGGACAGAUGGGUUACCAAGUACAAAUUGGAUUAUAGCAUAGAUGGCAUCACCUGGAGCUCUUAUCCCGAGGUUCUGGAAGGAAGCACUGACCGUAAUAGUGUGGUUCAUUCACGCCUAGACGCUCUUCUAACAGUCCAUUAUCUGCGUGUCAAGCCUGUGGAGUGGAACGUUGCUAUAGCUUUACGUCUGGAGGUCUACGGGUGUAUGGAAGACCUUCGACCAUGUGGCAAAAGGCCGAUGUUCAAGACCACGCCCCAAGCACGCAUCAUAAAAGGCACAACUGCAACUCCAUACACAUGGCCUUGGCAAGUAGAGGUGACACUUAACAACACUGAACACUGGUGUGGUGCGUCUAUAAUCGACCCACACUGGAUCAUAACAGCAGGGCAUUGCGUAGAUAUUUACAGCUCAGAAGCAGUUGGAGAGCGUGUGCUACGCCUAGCAGAACACGAUCGGAUGACCUUGGAAGGAUACGAGAAAUACAUUGUGCCAGAUCGGAUGUACCUCCAUCCGGGGUAUGUGAUUGGAGGGGCUUAUACCCCAGGGUAUUAUGACGUGGCGCUGAUGCAUUUGAAGGAGAGACUGGAGUUUUCUGAUCGUAUUCAGCCUGUUUGUUUACCAAAUGAAGAUGACGAGUGGUUUGAAGAUGGAAAGAUGUGUUUUAUAUCAGGCUGGGGGAAGACUUCUGCGGGAAGUAAUGGAACUUAUUCACGAGUACUUCAACAAUUACAGGUUCCAUUGGUCUCACUGGAGGUAUGUAACCGCAACAUUUCCUAUGACGGGAGAAUACCUCAGCAAUUCUUCUGUGCUGGCUAUGAAGCUGGAGGUCGCGAUGCCUGCUUUGGCGAUAGCGGAGGACCAUUCGUCUGCCAGAACGAGGCAGGGGACUGGGUACUAAGAGGCCUGGUGAGCUGGGGAGACGAGUGUGCUUUACCACAUAAGUAUGGAGUAUACACAGACGUUCAACGAAUGCUGCCCUUCAUUGAGAGCGUCAUGUAUGGCGUUCCCAAGUGUGGUGUACGCUUUCUCCCAGAAGGAAUUGGCGGUCAAAGUCGAAUCGUUGGAGGACGUGAAGCAAGAGCUAACUCCUGGCCUUGGCAGGUUGAUAUCCUGAGUAUAGUCAAUAAAACAGAGCACUAUUGUGGUGGAUCUUUACUCAAUCCCUCAAGUAUGGAGUUUACCUUGAUGUCAGAAGAAUCUUGCCAUUUAUCGAAGAUACGAUUAGGAGAAACACUACCAAGUAAAUCUACGAAGUAUCAUAAUGCAGAGACACCAAGGACGACUCCAUAUCAGAUAUGUUUUUCGGAACACCUGCCUUACAAAUGCACUUGUAAAUAAUUGCCCUAUAUCAGUUGCUUCCAUGAAAUAAAAAGAGUUUCCAUAGAAAAAA